AGCAAAGCUGCCUGACCAUCAGCUGCAGACACACCCACACUUUCAGAAAAGCCUGAAGCUGUUUCUCAGAUCUCUCAGUCUGGGGUCCUGUCAGCAGCGGAGCGUAUCAGGUGGUUGGUGACCUUUAUCUCCGCCUUUCCUCUCAGCAGAGUGAAGGAAACUAGUAAAGGAUGAGUGAUCCUGGAUGGCCAGUCGCGCUUGUGCUGAUUCAUCUUUUUUCCUCAGCCACGCCCUCCCCUCUUCUCGGUCAAACGCCAGCACCUCCCUUUUCAACACAAAUUUCACCUCCAUCUCCCUUCCCGACCAACCUCCUGUCCUCUUCUCUCAGCAUCACACACCUGGGCCCCACCUCCAUCAGCAGCUCUGCAGAGGCCGCAGACUCGUCUGGGUGUGAUCUGACAAUUUCACCUUCUGUUCUGGUGGUCAGGUAUGGAGAUCCGGUCAAAAUCAACUGCUCGAAAACAAGAACAGAGUUCUUGUUCCUGGGCUGGGUCGCCUCACCGACGACAAGUCCAUUACACACCACACAAGACUUUCUGGUCUGGAGUGUGGAAAGCAUGACUGACUGGACCAUCGUGCCUCUCUGUUACGCCGUCUCUGACGUGGGAGGGCAGUGCUUCGUUUCACCCUCUUUAAUAGUUUAUCAGCCUCCAAACGGAGUUUCCAUCACAAUUUUAAACCACACUGGGCCGAUGGUGGAGGGUGGUCAGUACACGCUGCAGUGCACAGUUCAGGACGUUGCACCUGCUUCAAAUGUCACCGUGACCUUCUACAAAGGAGGCACGGCACUGGGUCAACUCCAGUUAGACAACGCCACGGAGAAGACACCAGUAAAUGAGAGCUACAGUCUGGUCAUCAUUCCACACAGAGAGGACAAUGGGACCCAGUACUGGUGUGACGCCAAGCUAGAUCUGGGACCUGAUGGACCACAACAUCCUCCAGUAGAGAGCUCAAAAAACCUCACUGCUCUGGUCCUCUCAGCUUCAGAGCUGGUUUCUUCUACAAAGCUACAGGAAAACGAAAAACAAUGUGAAGAACCAGGAAACCGCCAGCGAUUAGGAGGGACUGGGAGUGGAACUGCCAACGGCUGUGAUGGAUUCUUCUUGUUCACAGCUCUCCUCCUUCAGAAGAUUUGCUGACUGAAACAUCGGUGAAAGAUCUAAAGCCACAUUUUUGGACCAACCACUCCAGAUUUAAGAAUAGCUUGUAAUGAAAAAUGUUUGCCUUUCACUCAAGUUUUUUUCUGCAUUGUCACCAAAACAAGCAGAUUAAGCCACUCCCCAGGUACAUGUUCUGACAAUAUUAGUAAAAUUUCAAUGCUGUAUGUUUAUAAAUAAAAAUAAUCUUCCAAUGCUGCUUUAACAAAACAACAUUUUGCUUUGUACAGUCUGGGAUGUCCCGUUUAACUUCCUGCGUACAUUUUGUUCUCCGUCUACAUAAACCAGAGCAGCAGGACAGACGUUCGAUGGUUUUACACUGCUGGAACAAGUCUGUGCAUUUCAAUGCUUUUAAACUGUGAUGUUCAAAAAUAUACAUUUAAUGAACAA